AUGAGGCAAGUCACAGUCGACAGUCUGGAAUUUUUCAAGAGCCACUGGACAGCCUGGCGGCUCCUGGGAGUGGCCCAUAUUCGUGUGGAGUCCUGGAGAAACCUCUACAUGACCUACAGUAUCGUACUAAAUCUCCUUGUGACCCUGUGCUAUCCAUUUCAUCUGGGCAUGUCGCUCUUUCAAAACCGUACCCUCACCGAGGAUAUUCUCAACCUGACCACCUUUGCUACCUGUACCGCCUGCUCGGUGAAGUGCCUGCUGUAUGCCUACAACAUCAAGGAUGUGCUGGAAAUGGAGAGACUUUUGAGGCUGCUGGAUGACCGGGUAGUCGGUCCGGAACAAAGAGGCAUCUACGGACAGGUGCGGGUGCAGCUGCGGAAUGUCCUGUACAUUUUCAUCGGCAUCUACAUGCCCUGCGCCCUGUUCGCCGAGCUCUCCUUUCUGUUCAAGGAACAGCGCGGCCUCAUGUAUCCCGCCUGGUUUCCCUUCGACUGGCUAAACUCAACCAGAAACUACUAUAUAGCGAAUGUCUAUCAGAUCGUGGGCAUAUCCUUUCAACUGCUGCAGAACUAUGUGAGUGACUGCUUUCCAGCGGUGGUCCUGUGUCUGAUCUCCUCGCACAUCAAAAUGUUGUACAAGAGAUUCGAGGAGGUGGGUGUAAAUCCAGCUAGAAAUGCGGAGAAGGAACUAGAGGCCUGCAUCACGGAUCACAAGCACAUACUAGAACUUUUCCGUCGGGUUGAAGCCUUCAUAUCCUUACCCAUGCUAAUUCAAUUUGCGGUAACCGCUUUAAAUGUCUGUAUCGGCAUUGCCGCCCUGGUUUUUUUCGUCACUGAGCCCAUGGCACGGAUGUAUUUCAUCUUCUACUCGUUGGCCAUGCCUCUGCAGAUCUUUCCAUCCUGCUACUUUGGCACCGACAACGAAUACUGGUUUGGACGGCUCCAUUACGCGGCCUUCAGUUGCAAUUGGCACACCCAAAACAGGAGUUUUAAGCGGAAAAUGAUGCUGUUCGUUGAGCAAUCCUUGAAGAAGUGCACCGCUGUGGCUGGCGGCAUGAUGAGAGUACAUUUGGAUACCUUUUUUUCCACCCUGAAAGGUGCAUACUCCCUGUUCACCAUCAUCAUACGAAUGAGAAAGUGA